UGCCCCAACCCCGCCGGGCCCCGCAGGAGCGGGAGGUGAGGGACGGGAGCGCCGGGAGGCGGCGGAAGGUGACGGAGCCAUCGGGGACCCCCCCGGAGCCCGGGACCCCCCCGGAAUUGGGUGGAAAAAGGGGGGGGAAAAGAGCGAGAAGGCAAUGGGGGACAGCGGGGUCCCCUCGGCGUGCCCCCGGCAGGACGGGCACCCGGCGCUCCCCGAGGGCGGGGGAGGUGGAGCCGAGAGCCCGCGGAAUUCCUCGGCUGCUCCCGGGGAUUCCCAGAGCACGGCCCUGGACGGUUUCCCCCUGAAGCAUUCCAACACCUUGACCAACAGACAGCGAGGCAACGAGGUGUCAGCACUGCCGGCCACGCUGGACACGCUGUCCAUCCACCAGCUCGCUGCCCAAGGGGAGCUCAUCCAGCUGAAGGAGCACCUGAGGAAAGGUGAGAAUUUGGUGAACAAACCCGACGAGAGAGGCUUCACCCCCCUGAUCUGGGCUGCAGCUUUCGGGGAGAUCGAGACCGUCCGGCACCUCCUGGAGUGGGGCGCCGAUCCCCACGCGCUGGCCAAGGAGCGCGAGAGCGCCCUGGCCCUGGCCAGCAUGGGCGGCUACACCGACAUCGUCACCAUGCUGCUGGACAGGGACGUGGACAUCAACACCUACGACUGGAACGGGGGCACCCCCCUGCUCUACGCCGUGCGCGGGAACCACGUCAAGUGCGUGGAGGCUCUCCUGGCCUGCGGCGCCGACCUGACCGAGGAGGCGGAUUCGGGGUACACCCCCAUGGACCUGGCCGUGGCCCUGGGACACAAGAAAGUCCAACAGGUCAUCGAGAACCACAUCCUGAAGCUGUUCCAGAACAAGAGGAAGAAGAAGUGAGGCGGCGGCUCCAGCUCUUCCCAGGAUCACCGUGGCCUCACCCCGACGCUCCAGACAUGGAGAAAUCCAGGAAUUUCUGCCCUCGUGGAUCCAGGCCUCUCCAUGGCUGCCAUGCCUGAAAUCCAGGGACACUCGUUCCAGCCCUGGCUGGGCUCGGCUGCUCCGUGUUUGCCAUCGGAACUAAACUCUAAUUGCAAUUAAACUCUGUGGAGCCCUA